GAGCAUGAACCCUAGAGACGAACCGACAAGAAGUUGGCCAUCUACCGCUCACUCUCCACCUGGAUUUCGUUCCACUAAUCUCGCUUCUGUUGCUGUACCUAUGAUGAGCUACUUGAAGUCUUCUCGAAGCAGGCGACCGCAUGAGUAUUCUCUGGGAUGCGAGCAACUGUAUCACCGAUUGACUGCAUUUCAUGCUCCAGUCAAUUAGAAAGCAGAGCAUACCACGAUGAUCGCGAGUAUUCGAGAACUAGGCUUCGUAGGCGGCCCGAAACAUGUUCGGUAACCAGGUUUUGCAAGCUAGCCCUGCCCGCCCGCCGCUGCGGUUUACGGCGGAGGGGCAGAUCAUCAUGUUACGCAGGCAAAAGCGUAUCGUGUAUGGCACCACCCAAAUAUCAGGUGGUAGAUCAAUUGGCAAUGUGGCCCCCAAUUCCAUGCCAUUUUUGGGUCAACAAGUCACGGCACCUGUCGUCGAUCCUCGAAACCGUUUCCCAGUCUUCUCCAACAACUCUGCCUAACACCGACACGACGGACACGUUAUUGUUGCCUCGCUCCGAUCACUCCGUUCUCUCCGUGACAUCACUUGAAUGUCCUCUCGUCGCCCAUGUUGCCAUUUUCAGUUGUCGAUUGACUGACAUAGAAGUGGGUGACACAAUAACCCGCGUUAGCCCUAGCAUCUGUGCCCCAUGCCAUCGCCAAGGCUGCACCACCAUCUGAAGAUUUUUAUAGACAGACAGGCACGUUGUUCGAUACCGGAGAGGCCGCACCAGAGAACACUGGAGGUAUACCCUGAUUAGAUGCGACUUGCACACUUUUACGACACAACCCAGGCUCAUCAGUUGGGCAAAUUAAACCUCGGCAAGUUGGGACAUUUUGAGUAGU